CUGACUGCCAGGCGCUGGGGCUGGAUCACUUGAUAACUUCCCUGUUCUGUUCAUUCCCCUGAAGCUCUGGCACGGGGCACUGGGCUCGCUGGACCGUUGGUCUGACCUAGUAUGACUGUUCUCAUGUUCCUGUGUCCCGAUCUCAACUGCUGAAAGCCCCCCCCCUUCUCCCGCCCCGUCGGAGCGGUCAGUGUCAGUGGGGCAGUGCACGUAGGCAGCAGAGAUGGCUGCCAUACGGAAGAAACUGGUCAUCGUGGGAGAUGGCGCCUGUGGCAAGACCUGCCUCCUCAUCGUCUUCAGCAAGGAUCAGUUCCCGGAGGUCUACGUCCCCACGGUCUUCGAGAACUACGUGGCUGACAUCGAAGUGGACAGCAAACAGGUGGAGCUUGCGCUGUGGGACACAGCUGGCCAGGAGGACUACGACCGCCUGAGACCCCUGUCCUACCCUGACACAGACGUCAUCCUCAUGUGCUUCUCCAUCGACAGCCCUGACAGCUUGGAAAACAUCCCGGAGAAAUGGACCCCGGAGGUGAAGCAUUUCUGUCCCAACGUGCCCAUCAUCCUGGUGGGCAACAAGAAGGAUCUGCGCAACGACGAGCACACGCGCCGGGAGCUGGCCAAGAUGAAGCAGGAGCCGGUGAAGCCGGAGGAGGGCCGGGACAUGGCCGGCCGGAUCAGCGCCUUCGGGUACCUGGAGUGCUCGGCCAAGACGAAGGACGGGGUGCGUGAGGUGUUUGAGAUGGCCACGCGGGCCGCCCUGCAGGCCAAGCGUGGGCAGAAGAAGCCCCACUGCCAGCUGCUGUAACCCCCCUGCUCCCACCAGGCCCUCCCUCUGACCCCCUGCUUGGGGUGGGGGAAGGAGCUCAGGGCCCCUUAUCACAGCCCCACGGGUAGAGCCACCCUCUCCUCUGGCUGCCACAGCUGUGGGGGGUGAUUUGUGGCACAGCCCCCCCCAUCCCCAGCCAUGGAGGGCCCCCAGCCUCUCUCCCUGAACAGUUUGGGGGGGGGGCAGGGCUGCCCUGGGGGCUGCCCCCGGCAGCUCCACUGCCUCCUGGUGGCUCUGCCCCAGCCCUUCCAGUCCCCCUCAAUGGGGGCCUGACAUCACAGGGCUGCCCUGCCCCUUGUGACCCAUAGCCUCCUGCUGAGGGGCUCAGCCCUCUACUGGCAGGGGAGGGCUGGAUCACAGCAUGGUGCCCCUUGCUGGGCUCUGCCCCCAGGGCGGGGGAGUGGGUGCUGCCCCCUGCUGUACAGAUUUCUUCCUCCUCCUAUUUAUCUCUUGCCAAGCGGGGGCCCCCCCAGAGAACUCUAUAUUUUUAUGCAGAGGCGCUGCGGGCCGCUUUGCCCGUGGAGGGCACCUGGCUCCCCCCACCCCCGCGGGUCCCGGGCCCUCCGCACUAGCAAGUGCCACGGGUGGGGCGCUGUGGGCGCCCGGCCGCUCUGUACUCGCCGGGGAUGGUGGUCGUUACUUUUCAACUGUACUUGAAAGACAAACAGCUCUGUAAUAAAUUUGUAGCAAUGUUUAGUA